AUGCCUCCCAUGGCAGCUGGAGGUAUGCAGCGUGGUGUGUAUGGCAGAGCCGAAUCUCCAUAUAAUAUGGAAUACUUGACCGCUGCUUUCUCUUCUGGCUCUUCUAAUGGCGCUGCUACAUCGACUGCAGCCUCUUUUGCUGCUUUUGGUCUUGGCUCAGAGACGGUGUCCAGCGGUAGAAGUCCUGCGAGCAACAACGGCUUGGUCUGCCACACACCAUCCAGAGGUGUGAUUAGUCGCAGAGGGCUGUGGCCGCUGUAUGUGACCUGCGACGUUGUCGUACCUCUGACAAGAACUGUUAAGGAUAUGUUGGCAGUCUUGGAGGUCAUCACUCAGCCUGACCCCGAAACCAUUGGCGACUUUUGGAGGGACCAAUGCACUGUGACUUUGCCGAAGGCUUCCAAUCUUGAAGGCGAUCUCUCCAGACUUUAUGAUGCUCACUCGCUACGAGGCAAACGACUUGCUGUACCAAAGAUGUACACAGAGGACAGGUCUGGUACCUCGAUCUCCAAAGCCCGAUUCGGGUCGGAAGGUGUCAAGAAGGUCUGGGCACAAGCUCAGUCAGACCUCACCAGCUCGGGAGCAAUUUGA